UCCGCAACCAGUUCGUGUUCGAACGUACAUUGGUGAACAUCUGGAGCGCGCAACCGUCGCCGUCGUCGUCGCCGUCGCUGACUCCGGUCUACGUUUCGUUUUGCGUAUGCUUUUGCGUUUGCGUGCAUCUAAAAUUUGUAUCUGUAUCUGUAGCUGUUGCUGUAGUUGUGUAUCUGUAUCUGUAUCUGUAUUUGUGCGUCUGUCUGUGUGCGGAUAAGCGUUGCAAUUGUUAUGGUUAUGUUUAUGUCGGUAUUGUUGUCGUCAGUCGCCGCUACGCUCAAUAAUCCCAAUGUUGAUUCUGGUCUGUCGCUCGGUCGGUGAUUGUGAACUGAGCUCGUGUUUUCAAUUUUGUUUAUGCGUGAUUCCCCAACGGUAAAAUUGUCACCGUGCAACGUACUAAAAGCUAUUGGGCAGAAACUUAAAGAGAUCGCCCAUCGAAUCGAACUGAACUCCCUUGUCGAAUCACAUUUGAUUCGAGCAACAACUCUGGUGCUCCAAUACAUACAAUUAUAGUACAUAAUAACUGUUAAUUGAAACUAAAAAAAAAACAAGAAAUACAGCUCAAUUAAGCCGAAGUUUAAUUGGCAAUGGCCGCCUAUACACAAUUUGGAUAUGGCGGUUUUCCGUCGGCAUCACAGCUCUUACCACCGAAUGUGACGCAGACACCUGAAGACGCAGCCGCGAACGUGAACGCGUCUUCAUUGGUGAUGACAAACGCGCCGGCACUGAGCCCCACGGGUGGUGCCGACUGUCAGGCGAGUCAACAGCCUGGCGGAGUUGGCGUUUCGGUGGUGGCGGGCGCCGGGGCCGGCGUUGCCGGUGAUGCCUCAACGGGCGCUCUUAGUCCAGACGCGCUUUCACAGAACUCAAACGCGGCCACGGGGUCAACUGUGGCGGCUGGCGCUGUCUCUGGCCCUGAUGCGAUGCCCGGUGGCUCCCUGGACAGCAGCGCCGUGGGCACGACGCCUACAACGGGCAGCUCAUGCUGCGAGAACGGUCGUCCUAUUAUGACCGAUCCAGUCUCUGGCCAGACGGUCUGCUCCUGUCAAUAUGACUCGGCACGUCUGGCGCUAUCCAGCUACUCGCGCCUGCCGGCGGCCAGUGUUGGUGUCUACGGCUCCCCAUAUCCAUCGACGGAUCAGAACCCCUACCAGAGCAUCGGCGUAGACAGCUCCGCCUUCUACUCGCCGCUGAGUAAUCCGUACGGCUUGAAGGACUCGGCGACUGGCACUGAAAUGGGCGCCUGGACCUCAGCAGGACUUCAGCCCACAACUGGCUAUUACUCCUAUGAUCCAAUGUCUGCUUAUGGUUAUGGGGCCAGCUACGAUUUGGCGGCGCGUCGAAAGAACGCCACGCGCGAAUCCACGGCCACGCUGAAGGCGUGGCUGAAUGAGCACAAGAAGAAUCCGUAUCCCACCAAAGGUGAGAAGAUCAUGCUGGCGAUUAUCACAAAGAUGACGCUCACCCAGGUCUCGACUUGGUUUGCGAACGCGCGUCGGCGCCUUAAGAAAGAGAACAAGAUGACCUGGGAGCCAAAGAAUCGCACCGAUGACGAUGACGAUGCGUUGGUAUCGGACGAUGAUAAGGACAAGGAUGAUGUGGAGUCCAGCAAGGACUCGCAUGGCGGCAGCUUGGCAAAAGAUGUUGCCAAAGACGAUGAGGAGCUGAUCGACGAGGAUCAGAAGAGCCUGGGCCAGGCGAAUAUACUGCGUGCCGGCUUUGGCUAUCCUUCGGGCGGAUACCACGGCGGCAGCGGCAGUGGCCAUCCGGCUGCCUACAAUCCGUACCAUCAUCACCAUCAUCAGCAUCCCGCCUAUUACCAACCGCAACAGACGGUGCUGCCGGCAGCCUUUCAUGCGGGCGACAGCGGCCUGGCCAUGGCCAGCAGCAAGCAUGGUGAACACAGCGAUUCAAAAAACCAGCUAGGCCGGGACUGUGGUGUGCCGAUUCCAGCUACGAAGCCCAAAAUCUGGAGCUUGGCCGACACAGUUGCCUGCAAGACCCCACCCCCAGCAUGCAUGGGCCAAGGGCAAUUAAUGCAGCAACAGCAGCUGCAGGCGCAGCGUCAUCUGCAUCCGCAGUCCCAACAGGAGACAGGCUUGGGGAUGGGCACGUCCCAGGUGCACCAGCAGCAGCAGCAGCAGCAGCAGCAGCAAGAGCAACAACCGCUGGCGAUGGGCAGCCACCUGUUCAACGGAGCGCCCUAUGUAAGGGCGCAUACCACGGCCUACGGGGGUUUUCUAGGGGCUACGACGCAGCAGCUCCAUACUACGAGCACGAACAGUGCCCAAUACAACAGUGGCCAGUCCAAUCCGCUGCUGCACAGCAGCAGCAGCAGCUCCAACGGCACGCAUACGCCUACCAUCCCUACUACGGUAAACCCAAAUCCGAGCGAGGCAAUGAGAUUGGGCUUGGGCCUGGGCCUGGGUCUGGCCGAGUCGUCGGCCCAGCCGCAAUUCCCAGUAAUUCGUCAGUCACAUCCACAGCAGCAGCUGUCUCAAUCCACAGCGAGUCAGCGGGCGAUGGCGAUGGGGUUUCCCGAAGCCCAACCCGAUACUCCACCCCAAACUCCGCCGAAUAUGAAGGUCUUGAGCGGAGCUUUGAGUCUGCUGCCUACCGCUUCGCAAAUCCCUAUGACCGCUACCUGUCGCAGCAGUAAUAGCUACAAUCCCGGCUGCAAUUACCCCAUGAACUUUUCCACUCGCCUCAACGAAUACGACUACCCGUCGAACCACAACAGAGAUGAGUUCAGCAGCAGCGGCAGCAGCAGCAGCAGCUCCUCCUCGCCACAUUUGCAGCGGGCAGAGAACAUGUUCAAGCCGCUAUUCAAGAGCCUGACGCCUGUCUAGAGAGAGAGCUGGACAAAGACCUUAUGUAUUUGCAAUAUACAUAUGUAUGUGUAAACAUAUGUACAUAUUAUAAUUUAGAUUAUCAUUUUUCUGGGCUCGUGCAACAACAACGUAAUGGAUUGUGUAAUAUUUAACAAUUAAUUAAUGAUAAUAUAUACCACAUUGGUACAGAUGUACCAUACAAACUACAAUUACAACUUAAUAAAAGCCGUGCAUUGUCUUAAACUAUA